CGGUAAUCGAUCGUUAAUUGUUAGCUGGCUGGCGAAUCAACAUGAAACACCAACAGGUGGUACCCGAUUAUGCGGCCAUGGUGCAAAGCUCCGGCACCUGCCUGUGCUUGGUGUUUUGCGGAUGGGUUCUAUUCAAGCUCGUGCAGGCCGUCUUCUGGUUGCCGGGAUAUCUCGAGAAGAAUCAGGGACGUUUGUACCAGAAGCUGGAGCAGCAGCAUGUUGCACCUACUGAACCGACGGAAGAUGAUUCCCAACAGCAGAGGAAAGUGGAUGUAGAAGUGCCUGAAAAUGCUGAUGGCACGAUCGAGGAAGAACAGGAGGAUGACGAAAUGGGGGACAAUAGCGACAGAGAAGGGAAUGAUAGUGCGGAGAGUGAAAGCGAUGGUAAAAAGAAAAAAUAAGGGAUGGGAUCUUACAAUAAAUAUGUUCUUGGUUCUAAUGCUUGAUCGUUCUUUACAUUACAUAAUACAUAAAUAGAUUGGAAUAACUGGAGAAAUUUAAACCACUCAACCUAUCGGGAUGUACCAACUAACUCAAUAAUUGCCCCUGAUUGAUAUGAUUACCUUACAUAUGUUUAAUGAAAUGUUGAAGAAAUGUUGCCAGAAAUAAACUAUAAUGAGUAUUGCUCCGUAUUCAUUACUUUUCAGUGUUCAACAUUUUUAUCAGAAAAUGUAAAGUACCAUGUUAAAAAUGAAUAUGCGUGAAAACCAAAUGGUUUAAAAAAUAAGGGUUUAAUGAGAACAAUUUAGAAAUGUAAAUGAGAACAAUUUAGAGUCAUGCUGUUUUAAAUGGUGGUUCUUAUACUGUUGAAUUUCGCGAAACUGC